GAAUAAAAGAGGAGCGAGAGAGAGAGGGGGGAGAGAGAAUAGCCGCGAGAGAGAGAGAGAGAGCUGCGAAGCUUCACACUGCUUCUUCGUCUACGGCUGUUUUAGGGUUUUUGUAUCGACCCCUCUCCCCGUUGAACUCUUGUUUCUCUUCCAAUUUCCUCUCGUCCCACCUCUUUCUCCAAACCCUAAUUUCAAAUUUCCCCUCUGGAUUCAGUUCCUUCUAAUUCGUCUUUCAUUUCGAUAGUCGGAGCCAAGUUUUCUUACACGACGUACAAUGGGCGCGCUGGAGAGAUCACAGACCAACUCCAAUUCCAUGCAGUGAACUAGCUGUUUGCGUGCGGUUAGGAUGGCUUUUGUGUGGAACUAUGUGCUGGCGCUUCUCAAACGUGUUAAGGUAUACCGAUUGAAUGAUGAUGGAAAGUGGGAUGACCAAGGAACAGGCCAUGUCACUGUUGACUAUAUGGAGAGAUCAGAGGAGUUGGGGUUGUUUGUUAUUGACGAGGAAGACAAUGAGACAUUACUUCUGCAUCGUAUCAGCUCAGAUGAUAUCUAUCAAAAGCAAGAAGAUACUAUUAUUUCAUGGAAAGAUCCAGAAUAUUCAACAGAGCUAGCACUUAGUUUUCAAGAGGCUACAGGAUGCUCUUUCAUUUGGGAUAAUAUCUGCAGCGUACAAAGGAAUCUUCAUUUUAGUACUCUUAGCAAUGAGACAUUUCAUAGUGUGAAUAGCGAGCUAAGGGAGCUUCCCGCCGUUGACCUAACUACACUUCCGCUAAUACAUAAGACUGUGGUUGAGAGUGGAAUUGCAGAUCAAAUGAGGUUGACAGAACUCUUAUUGAAUGAUCAAGACUUUUUCAGAAAGCUGAUGAACCUUUUCAGAAUAUGUGAAGACUUGGACGAUACCGAUGGUCUUCACAUGAUAUUUAAAAUAGUUAGAGGAAUUGUUUUGCUCAACAGUCCACAAAUAUUUGAGAAAAUAUUCAGUGAUGAGAUGAUCAUGGAUAUUAUUGGUUCUCUUGAGUACGAUCCUGAGGUUCCACAUACGCAACACUUUCGUAAUUUCUUGAAAGAGCAUGUUGUAUUUAAGGAGGCUAUUCCAAUUAAGAACCCCCUUGUUUUGUCAAAAAUACAUCAGACGUAUAAAGUUGGCUAUUUAAAGGAUGUUGUUUUGACACGAAUAUUGGAUGACUCCAUGGUUGCAAAUCUGAAUUCUAUAAUUCAUGCCAACAAUGCAAUUGUUGUUUCUUUAUUGAAGGAUGAUAAUACCUUCAUUCAGGAAUUGUUUGCUAGGUUGAGAUCGCCCGCCACAUUUGAUGACUCUAAAAAGGACUUAGUAUAUUUUCUGCAUGAGUUUUGUAGCUUAAGCAAGAGCCUCCAAAUGGUACAACAGCUCCGAUUGUUCAGGGACCUUAUGAAUGAAGGUAUUUUUGACAUCAUUACUGAUGUAUUACAAAGUGGAGAUGAAAAGCUCGUUUUAACUGGGACAGAUAUUCUCAUUCUUUUCUUGAAUCAGGAUCCAAAUCUUUUGCGUACUCAUGUUGUUCGACAGGAAGGAUUUCCACUUUUUGGACUGCUGGUUAAAGGCAUGGUAACAGAUUUUGGGGACAACAUGCACUGCCAGUUUCUUGAAAUUCUCCGCAAUCUAUUGGAUACAUAUGCAUUGUCUGGAGUUCAGAGAGAUACAAUUAUUGAGAUUUUCUAUGAGAAGCAUUUGGGCCAAUUAAUAGAUAUUAUAACAGCAUCGUGUCCAACAGAAGGUUUUCAAUCAACAAAGAAAAUUGAAGGCGCUGGUGUAAUACUGGGGGAUACUAAUAGCGUGAAGCCUGAGAUUCUGUCAAAUAUAUGUGAAUUACUUUGCUUUUGUGUUCUCCAACACCCGUAUAGAAUUAAGUCUAAUUUUCUCCUAAAUAAUACUAUAGAUAAGGUGGUGUUACUAACACAACGAAGGGAAAAAUACUUGGUUGUUGCUGCAGUUCGGUUUAUUCGUACUAUUCUUUCCCGCCAUGAUGAACAUCUAAUAAAUUAUUUUGUCAAGAACAACGUUCUCAAACCUAUUGUAGAUGCUUUUGUUGCUAAUGGAAGUCGGUAUAAUCUGCUUAAUUCUGCUGUUCUAGAACUUCUUGAAUAUAUAAGGAAGGAAAAUUUGAAAUUAUUGGUUAGAUAUAUAAUUGAUUCAUUCUGGAAUCAGUUGUCCCAAUUUGAAAAUUGGUCUUCCAUUCAAGCUCUAAAAGUUAAAUAUGAGCAGUGCCUUGAAAAUUGUGAAACAAAAGGCACCCCAAACACGUUAGAUCCUCGAAAAAGAAAUGAUGAACGUGCUCUAGAGAAAGAAGAGGAAGACUAUUUCAAUGAGGACAGUGACGAAGAUGAUACUGCAUCUGCAUCUGUUGCUCCCAAACAAAAAGUACCAUCUCAGCCUGCUUUAUCUAAUGGCGUUACUAUAAGCUACCCACCAGCAAGUCCAAGGUCGGGUGGUUUGGUAGAUUAUGAUGAUGAUGACGACGAUGAAGACUACAAACCACCCCAGCGGAAACAACCUGACACUUCAGACGAAGACAAUGAAAUGAUGGAAGCCCUCAGGAAGAAGCGGAAGUUGGCUCCUCAAGAGGAACCUGAGAUGGCGAAGAAGCAGCAACUGGUUAAAAAGCACAAGCCAAAAGAUGGUGUAUUUGCUUCCUUGUGUUCGACAUUGAGUCAGGCUGUCCUACCUGGUAAGAAGACAAUGAAUGCUAGUCACACGAGUCCGUGUACGUCUUAUGAGAACAAAAGCUCGGCUGAAGAAAAUCACAAGACAGAUCCUGCUAUUUCUAGCAGCUCUUCUGAUAGUAGUAACUGCAAUUCUGAUGAGGAAAAUCACAGGGAAAAGGAGUCUGCAGCUUCUAGAAGUUACUCCAGCAGUAGUGUCUUGCAUAUUACUUCAGAAAACCGACAGUUGGGCGGUGACGAUUAUCCACUAAUACCACCAAAAUCCUCGCCUGAGAUGACUGUGAACGGAUCUUUAAGUUAAUAUUAGCAUCAAUCUUCUAUCUGGUGACCUGCCGUAGUAUUUUGAUCUGUGGCUCAUGGUUGUGCUUGGUGGUGGAAACUACUUGGUCCUGAGAUUAUAUUAAAAGAGUACCAAUGCACUCCCCAAAAGAGAAGUCAAUCAACAGAAUGGGAAUGGAGUUAGUUUCCGGGCUCUCGGUUUCAGUCGAAGAUGAAAACGUCUUACUGUAUAGUGCGACUGAGCGGGGAAAGAUGUCCACUCUCUCUCAAUUUACCUCUUAGCUUUUUUACUCUGUAAAACAUUUGGCCGUAUUAAUUUUGCUGGAUAGCAUUGUCACCUCUCCUCUCUGUGCCUCUAUUUACUCUCCCUCUGCUCUCCCAACCCCGCUCCCUCCCUCGGGGAUUACAGCUUCAUAUAAUUUAGUUCUAUCAGAUUUUGAACUGUUAUAGAAAAGGGCAUAAAAUUUUGCCCCAUAUUACUCUCUUUGAGAUUAGGGACUUGGUUCUGAAAGGUAGAGAUGAAUAUAUACGUGUAGUCGAUUGGAGCCAAAAUUUUUCAGAUGUAGAGAUGAAUAACAAGUGUAAAUUAAUUUUUAGUGAGUUCAGUUCUAA